AUGGUCGACAUAAUGGAAAACAUCCCCCUACUCCCCCCGAGAACUAGACACCAAACCCGCAUUCUGAUCCUUGUCUGCACCGUCAUAGUCGCCAUUGAGAUCGGUGACUAUCUCUCCACUGCACCUCAGACCCAAAUCCUCGAGGAGAUCAUCUGUCGUAACCUACAUCCCGAUGCAUCCUCCGCGUCCAUCUGCAAGGACACCGACGUCCAGAGCGAACUGGCCCUGCUUAACGGCUGGAAAGAUACCUUCAGUCAGGUCCCAGCUAUUAUCCUCGCCUUGCCGUUCGGAGUCAUGGCUGAUCGAGUGGGGCGUAAGAAAGUCGCAUUGCUGAGUAUUUUGGGGUUGAUGAUGCAGGAGGUUGCAAUGCGGGUGAUCUGUUGGUAUAGUAAUAUUAUUCCCCUGCAGGCUAUCUGGUUCACCCCGUUAUUCCAGAUCUGCGGCGGUGGAUCGCAAAUCGCAUCCUCGAUGGUCUUUACCAUCGUGACGGAUAUCUAUCCAGUUGAGAAACGAGCGACGAAAUUCUUCUUCAUCGCCGCUGCUAUCCUACUCGCUGAAAUCCUCGCUACCCCGCUCAGUGCCCUGUUAAUGGUCCAAUCUCCAUGGGUGCCGUAUCUUCUCGGUUUACUCUGUGAAUUUGUCGGGGUGGUCGCUGCUCUGGUUGUGCCUGAGACUCUGCCAAAAAUUUCAGACGAGGUGUUUGAUGAUGAUAUUCCCACUCCCAGGAGAGGGAGUGAGAGUCUCUUCCGGGCGCUUCUCCAUCGAGCAGGGGCGGAGAUCCUCCGGCUUCGAGAAUUUAUCACUACUACUAACAAUAUUCUCGCUAUCUCUGUCGCGUUCUUCGCUGCCGAUGUGGGGAAACAGGCACUGCAGUUGAUGCUGCAGUACGUAUCGAAGCGGUUUGAGUGGUCAAUGGCGAAGGCAAGUAUCCUCAUCUCCCUCAAAGGAAUCAUCAACCUCGUCCUCCUCCUGAUCAUCCUCCCCAUUCUAUCCCAUCUACUAGACAGACGUCUCUCCCCGCUGAAAAGGGACCUACUUAUCGCGCAAUUCAGUGCUGCCAUCCUCGUCCUCGGGUUCAUCAUCAUGGCAAUCGCUCCCCAUCCGGUUCUCUUCGGCACCGGUGUCUGUGUCUUCGCUCUCGGAUGGGGAUUCUAUUCCGCGUUGCGCAGCGUCGCUAGCGCCUUGGUGUCCGAGGCACAGGCCGGUCUGCUGAAUACCACGAUUGCCCUGGUGCAAGGCGUCGGGGGCGUUGUGGCGGGACCAGCUCUGGCGGGGAUGUUCAAUUAUGGAAUGAGUCUUGGAGGGGGGUGGAUUGGAUUGCCGUAUCUGUUAGGGGCGGGGUUGUUCCUGGGUGCGGGUUUGGUGACCGUUACGGUGAAGAUUCAUCGUUGA